UCAAACCCAGCCUAUUGGUAGCCUGCCAGCAAUCUCUGGCCACGUCUCAAACUUCCCUUUGCAGGCAGCAGGACGGAUUCAAGGUGGAGGUUGGCGAACAGCAGAGGAAGAAAAAGCAGUGUAGAGAAUUGUGGAGGUCUCGGGACAGGGAAGUGCGAGAAGCCGGCUUCGUCUCGAAGCAGUGCAAUCCCAUACAAGCCGAAAGCCCCGCUGCUUUUGCAGCACGGGCAAGCGCGCAACUCCACUGAGGAAAACAUCAAACUGAAGAUACCAAGCCACAACCAAUCAUGCCUCGUUACAGAGUGAACCUCAGCACUAUGGUUUUUCUGUUGAUCCUGCUGGGAGCCACAGUGAUCCUCUUCUGCGGCUGGUACAUCAAGCUAAACCCUCCUGACUGCACCCCUUCCAAUGGGAAAAUCCAUGUUGUUCUGCUGUCAUCAUGGCGAUCAGGAUCAUCUUUUGUUGGGCAAGUGUUCAGUCAACACACGUCAGUCUUCUACCUCAUGGAGCCUGCCUGGCAUGUUUGGACCAAACUUAAGAACUCUGGUGCACAGACGCUACGAAUGGCUGUAAGGGAUCUAAUACGAAGUGUGUUUAAUUGUGAUUUUACUGUGAUGGAUGCCUACCUGCCAGAGCAUCACAACGUCUCCUCUUUGUUCAUGUGGAGUCACAGUCGAGCGUUGUGCUCACCGCCGGCUUGUUCUCUCACACCACGUGGCCAUCUCAGCAAUCAAACUCAGUGUUUGCAAACAUGUGAUAUGGUGGGCCUACAGGGUGUGCAGGAAGCCUGUACUUCCUACAGUCAUGUUGUAUUAAAAACAGUGCGAAUAUUUGAACUGGAAUCCCUAUACCCUCUCUUUGAGGAUCCCAGCCUUGACCUUCGCAUCAUUCAUCUGGUUCGGGAUCCUCGGGCUGUGGUCCGGUCAAGAGAACAGUCUGCCAAAGCUUUUUUGCGUGAUAACGCUGUUGUGUUGGAGCAGAGAAACAUGCCUGAAGCCGAAGUACAAUACCAAGUUGUGCAGGAGAUCUGUCGUAGUCAUGUGCGCAUUCGCGACAGGGCCCUACGGAAGCCCCCACCAUUUCUAAAAGGCCGGUACAAAAUGGUCCGCUAUGAGGAUGUGGCUCGCAAUCCACUCGCGGAAAUAAGUGCUAUGUAUGACUUUGUCGAUCUGGACAUGACACAUCAGUUAGAGAAAUGGAUUUAUAAGCUGACUCAUGGAAAAGGUAAAGGUUCCUUGAAGGAGGCCUUUGAAAUCACUUCAAGAAACGCUGCAGAUGUUUCUCAGGCUUGGCGCACCACGCUGCCACACAGUAAGGUAAAGCGCAUCCAGCAAGUGUGUGAGCGGGCCAUGGCACUGCUCGGAUACACAACCGUGAACAGCGAUGAAGAACAGAAAAGACUUGAUAUUGAUUUACUGGCACCACGUGAACCCUACCGGUUCACCUGGUUACCACAAAAACCAGAGCACCCCGGUAAAGGUUAAAACGGUGCAUUGUAAAAGAGCCUCUUCUCAACUGAAGUUAUUAUAUUACGCAGUCUUUAUAAGUUGUCUUAAUAUAAGUGACGGAACACUGCUGACAAGUAAGGGCUAAGCAAUAGUUUGUGACAACUCUGACAUGGCCUCAGGUUGUCAGUGGUGAGAGGAUUACUGUAAAUUAUUAUUUUUUUGAUUUGCAGCAGUAUAAUAAGAAACACUGAUAAUAGGAUUUUAUUAUUGUACUUUAUUUUUUUGAAAAAUAUUUGCAAAAGAUAGUGAGGACAAGCGGUACGUAAAAUGGGUGGAAUUUCAUAAUGUUCAGAGGUGCACAAAAACUCGUGAUUUGAUUUUUGAUUAAUAUAUGAAACCGAGGGGCUAUAUUGGUUGGCGCGACUCAAAUUUAAUUCCAAAACGAGUUUGUGUUCCAAUGGAACCCCUAAACUGGAGUUAUUAUUUUUGUUUGUUGAUUUCUAUGGGAGAAUUAUGCCGUUAUCGUGUCAGCGCUUGAACAGCAGACAUUGAUGAAAUUGAUCAGUAGCGAUGACCCACAGGGGAGGAGUUAGGACCAUGUGAAAAACAGGCAAUGACGUAUAUAAUCUUUCCUCCAGUGGAAACUCAAGUUACAAACUUUAUGGGUUCCAUGAGACCGUUCUUAUUAUGAAACAUUCAUCAAUUAAGGUCAUGUUUCUCAUUGAAAUGAAUGGUAAUGCAGUUAAUCCGUUUCAGCCCCAAAACUAAGUUAUACAUAUCUUUUUUUUUUUUAAACCGGUGUGUGGUUAAAAAUAAAUGUCAUGCAAUAUAGAACUAAGUGAAAACACUGUAUUAGAAUGCAAUAAAAAUGUAAAUAAUUAUUUAUUGAGCAUUCUUUUUCAGGAUGGGGAGUUUCUUCAUCGAAAAAGUGUUUUUCCCUUAUAACCUGAGAAUUUUCUUUGUUUCUUUUUAAAUUAAUUGCAAGAUUUUUGGCAUGCCGAUGUCACGUUCUCAUUCCAAAUAUGCAUUCACCACGCAGGACCAUAUGCAUAUAAUUUUAUUUUAUUUUUUUGGAUGAUUUCUAUAAUUUUUUUGUCUCAUGCUAGCUAUUGCCAACAAGUGAAAGCACUGCUUCUGUUUCUGUUUUUGUAUGUAGAAGGUCCGCCUUGUGAGAUGCAUGGAUGGCAAUUUUGACACCAGCAUUAAAGAGAGAGUUUACUAAUUUUUCAAUUUUCAGCAAUAAACAUUUUUUUGUCUAUCAUGAA